AUGUCGCUGUCCGGCGGGGAGCGCCCUGCGGGGCCAGGUACCCGCCUGUCCUGGCUGCUAUGCUGCAGCGCCCUGCUGUCCCCAGCAGCCAGCUACGUGAUCGUGAGCUCCGUGUCCUGGGCUGUCACUAACGAGGUAGACGAGGAGCUGGACAGCGCGUCCACCGAGGAGGCACUGCCCGCGCUGCUGGAGGACUCGGGCAGCAUCUGGCAGCAGAGCUUCCCGGCCUCGGCUCACAAGGAGGACACGCACCUGCGGCCUCGGGGCUCCGCCCGCGCCAGGCCCGCACCAGCCCCGCGUGGAAUGUUCUCCUAUCGGCGGGAGAGCGGCUCAUCCGCAGCAUCCCCCGGCCCUAGGGUGCGUGCGGGCACCGCCCGCUCCUUAGUCCACGCCAGCUCCUGGGGCUGUCUGGCCACUGCAUCCACCAACGAAAAGAUCCAAGGACUGCCCUUUGGGAGCUGCCUUGCCAUCAGCGAUGGCCCCUUCCACAACAGCACAGGGACUCCUUUCUUCUACAUGACAGCCAAGGACCCUGUGGUGGCUGACCUGGUGAAGAACCCCAUAGCCUCACUGAUGCUGCCAGAAUCCGAAGGAGACUUUUGCAGAAAGAACAUUGUCGACCCAGAAGACCCCCGAUGUGCCCGGUUAACGCUCACUGGCCGGAUGAUCAUGGUGCCGCCAGGGGAAGUAGAAUUCGCCAAGCAAGCCAUGUUUUCAAGGCAUCCAGGGAUGAGGAAGUGGCCCCGCCAGUAUGAAUGGUUCUUCAUGAAGAUGUGGGUAGAGCACGUCUGGCUCCAGAAAUGGUAUGGAGGUGUAUCCGACAUCCCAAGGGAGGAAUACUUCAAAGCAGCUCCCAGAAAGGCCUGA